UCCGUGUUGGAUGCCCGGCCAGAUGCGGCGGGUUUUUUGGCUGCUCCUCUUCCUCGCCAACUCCAGGGAAAUGCUCGCCCAAGCCAGAAAGAAGAAGCCAGUGAGUGCCACCAUGUUUGAGAACUGCACCGGUUGCGUUAUGUGCUCCGAAGACAACGGCUGCGUCUCCUGCCAGCAGCGUCUCUUCCUCCUCAUCUGGAGGGAUGGGAUCCGACAGUACGGGGCCUGUGUCCACGCCUGCCCACUGGGCUACUACGGGCAGAGAAGCCUGGAAGUCAACCGAUGCAUCAAAUGCCGGUCGCCCAACUGCGAGAGCUGUUUCAGCAAAGACUUUUGCAUGCGAUGCCAAGAGCGCUUCUACCUGCACAAAGGGAAAUGCUUAAGCACCUGUCCUCCUGACACCAUGGCCUGGCACAGCACCCGGGAAUGCCAAGAAAACUGUGAGGCAGCCCCCUGGAGCAGUUGGAGCCCCUGCACCAAGCAAGGGCGGAUGUGUGGGUACAAAUGGGGCUCAGAGAGCCGAGUCCGGGAGACCCUCUGGAGCGAGAAAGAUGAGGCGGCUCUGUGUCCAGAGCUGUCCGAGUCCCGGAAUUGUCGGAUGAAGAGACAUUGUCCCGGAGAGAAGAAUGAAAAGAUGAAGAGGAACAAGAAGGGAAGGCAGCAGAGGAGGAAGAAGAAAAUAGAGGCGUUUAAGGUUGCCUAAGGAGCGUCCGAGCGAGUGGGUUUGCCCUGGAGGUGGUGAACA